UUAAAUAAAUAACUCAGUUAAUAUCGCUGAUUUUAUUAAUUUAAAAUAUUGUUGUUUAUUUGAUUGUGCUUAAAAAAUAUUUUAAUAUCAAACAUGACGAGAAGUAAUUUUGACAUUGUUUAAUAAGAUAUUAAUAAUAAAAAAUCAGCUAUAUUGACAAAAAUCUUAUCAAUAUAAGAUACUUCGAGGCCAACUAUCAGUACUUGAAUUUACCGAUUAUUGUGUAUACAUUAUACAAAUUAUAUAUUAAACUUCUGGAAGAUCUUGCUUAUGAGCUCGAUUUUAGUAUAACUUAUGCUCAACAGAACCAAUUUAUUCCAUCUUAUAAUAUGUACAUAAAUACAAGUUUUUAAAUUUUACUCAGUGUUAUAAAUAAUUGGAUGGAAAAUAAAUUAUCAAAAAGAUCUUCAGAUUAUAUUUGUUAGGUUUUUUUCCUGAAAUAACUUUAUCUAUUAAUUUAUCAACGUAAAUUCAAGUGUUAUCAUUUUACACGAGAGAACCAAUUAACAAAAAGAGGAUAUGAUAAAUGUUACAAUUGCAAAAUUUUCUACGGUGAUAAUAUAUUCUCGUCAACAUGAGCUUCAUUACAUAAUAAACUUUGAGAGUAGUUAGUGAACUAUAAAGAUAUCUGCUCGUAAAAAAUAGUAAAAGUAUCACGUAUUAAACGAGCACAUAUUUUAUUUUAUAAUUAACAAUACAAGAAACUCAAAAUGAAAGUAGCAGUUGUCGGAGGUGGAAUAGUCGGAUUAACAACAGCUAUAGAAUUGAACAAAUACUUGAGAAAUAGUGAUAUAACUGUAGUAGCAGCAGACUAUGACGAUAUUGUGAGCUAUGUAGCUGCAGGUCUUUUCAGAGUUGGACAUUCAUACUCUGGACCAACUGAAGAAAUAACAAAAAAAUGGAUAAGUGACUCCUAUUCAUAUUAUGAUAACAUACGUAACAACUAUAAACCUAUUCACUCUGGAAUAACUCAAAGUGCAAUUUAUAUGUAUUCAAAUUCUAAUGCUGACGUUGUUAAGAAUCCAUUAAUGGAAUCAGUAGUUCCUAUUUAUAGAAAUAUAAAAGAAGAUGAAUUUAACCUUGUUGGUGGAAAAUGGUCUUAUGGUUCUUAUUACACAACAUUAAUAAUCCAAAGCAAAUAUCAUCUUCCAUGGGUCAAGAACCAAUUAAAAGAAAAAGGAACAUCAUUUGUUACAAAGAAACUGGAGUCUUUGAAAGAAUUAGUUGAUGAUUAUGAUUUAAUAUUUAACUGCUCAGGAUUAGGAGCACGGAAGUUAUGUAAUGAUCGAAAAAUGAUUCCAAUUCGAGGACAAGUUAUUCGAGUGCAAGCACCUUGGAUAAAAGCAGUAUAUUAUGGAGAAUUAGAUACAUACAUAAUUCCUGGUGUUGAUGGUACCUGUACCCUUGGUGGCACACGUAAUUUUGAAUCAACAAGAACAGCAGUUUGUCCAUAUGAAGCUGAAUCUAUACGUGAAAGGUGUGAAGAAAUGCUUCCAUCGUUAACUAUGGCAAAGACUUUGGACUAUGCUGUAGGACAUCGACCUCAUAGAGAAGGUGGAGUGAGAGUUGAAGUUGAAAAAAUAUCCAAUGAUCGUCGCAAAGUAAAUGUAGUUCAUAAUUAUGGACAUGGUGGAUAUGGAGUCACAACUGCACCUGGAACUGCUAAAUAUGCUAUUGAACUUGCUCGAGACUAUCAUAAAAUUUCAGGUUCUAAAUUAUAGAUUUUUUAUUAAAAUAAACAUGAAUAAUUACUCUAUUAAAGAAUCGAACGAAAAGUUAGCAUAACACCAGAAUUCAUUGGCAAGAUUGUUUUUAUGUUGAGGUUUAAAUUUGCAUUUUUUAACGUUUAAUAGUUUUUCAACUAAGCCUGCCAUAGUUGCACCUAAUAAAAAAAAUAAGCUAUGCUAAAAUGAUUUCUCUUCCAUUGGAUCAUUAUUAUAUCAUACAUUUUGGUGAAUAAUAUUACCUGUACAAAUAAAGAUAUAUUUUUUGGAUAAAAA